AUGCGAAUGGAGAGCCAGAAUGACUAUCUUCAGCAGUGGCAACUGUGCACUGAGGAGUAUCUCAUGCUGCUGCUAGACAGAAAAGCACCACCCGUCGGCCGUGCAUGUGUCAUCUGUGAGCAGGCUGGUGUCUUCAGAAGAUUGCCAUUUCAUCACAUUUCUGAAUGGAAUGGAACAUACUUUGAGGAGUCCUCCCUAACGAAGGCUGGCCUAGAGUUUUAUCUUGGCCAUGGCGGUGAGCCAUGCCCGAGUGAUCCAGACAUUCUCACCAGUGACGUCUUUGACUGGGUUGAGACAGAUGAUCAGAUUGACCCAGACAACAUACCCCCUGAGACUGUCAUGACAUGGGUUUUUGACAUGAAGGCCACAACGAUAGUAGACAAGACUGGGAUACACUCGCUCAUCUUGAGGUACUGCCAAUGCCUGAACUCUCUCAGUCCAGAUAGGCAGCUCUUUCAGAUGGGUAUGUUCCCAGCAUCCUUCACCCACCCAAAGACAGCCUUUACGUUUGCGGGAUUGGACAACUACCUCCUUGACAAUCUGGAAUGCGGGACAUCAGCCAUGAAUCAUUUUAGCAAUGUUUUCCCCCAUAUCGUUCCAGCUGAGCAUUUGCAUAUGGCAAAUCCCAAUGAUGGAGUUUGGUUAAUGGAUGGUCAGGGCUUCAUGGUGGGCAAAGACCAAUACAAACUUCAUCUUGACCAGGCCAAGGACCACAUUGAACGGUCGGACUGUAACAAUCACAAGGCAGUCAAUCUAGCCAAUGCAUCCAGGCACAAACUCGAAGCAACUGGAAUCGGUGGUUGUGCAUGUGCCCAGCACGGCUGCUUUGUUCCUCACUCAAUGGUAGAUUUCCAAAAGGGAGAAUGGCAAAUGAAUAUGGAUUAUGCGCUUUGCCAAGCACUAAAUUAUAAUACUGCUGGAAUCACACGUGCUCUGACCUUUUACGAUGUUGACUGUCAAUACAAUAAGAAUCUCAGGAGCCGAGUAGCCCAAAGUCCCUAUUUAGAGAUGCCAGUCGAUAUCAACAUCACACCAGGAAUCGGCCUGUGGCAUGUUCAUGGACAUCAAGAAAGCUGUUUUAAUCAAUGGAGAGAUAAUGGAAACAUUGUGGUCGCCCCUGAAUAUUAUCUCACCAUCGGCCUGUGGCAUGUCGACUCCUCACCGAAAGGAGUGCUUGGAUUACCAGAUCAAGCUAUCACCGGUUGUGCAGAUUCGAACGAGGCCUUCGAAAAGCUCAAUUCCACCGCUGAUCCAGCUCUGGUGGAAGAAUGGGAAAUGCAAGAGGCAGACGCUCAAACAGCCUGCCUACAUGAUCCAAAAUCUAUGGAUAUAUAUGAUGUACAAUUGCAGAAAGGCAAGUCACCAGUAUUUUCUAAACCCGGUCUAACAAUGUUGGUCACAGCACUGAGUCGAGAGCAGCAAGAGCUACAUUUAUUAAGCUCGCAGACCCAGCGAAAGCUCGGCCGACGGCCGACUGAGACUCAAAUAUUGGAACUUGCCCAUCGCAGGGACAAAUUGCAAGGUGAUAUUGAGAGAUGGGUAGAAGCCGGUGCAACGUUCUUCGGCCAGGGAUACGAUCAUGUGGAGACUUCCAUGGAUGUUGCAUUCAUCGUGAACCAUGCACCCUCUGAUGAUUCUGACAUUGAACUCGAUUAUGAUCCAAUCAGUCGGGUGUCAUCGGCUGGAUAUCAUCCAGAGACUACUGUAAUCCCAAUGCCUUCAAAUGUUGGCAUUCAACGAUGUGAAGAGCUCGGUGCCAAUGAUGCCUUGCAAAAUAUCAGGGUCUCCUUGGCUGAGAAGGAUAUCUUACUACGAACAACUGUACGACCUGCCAAGUCACAAGCACGAUCCACUCGAGCAUGGGCCCAGGUUUGGUCGGUCGACAGGGCAGUCAGACUCAAUCUCCAGGAACUUGGUGCAGAUGAAUUGCUUCUGAAAUAUCGGCCACUGCUCAAGGAACAUUUGAAAGUAACCACGGCCGUUGCAGACCCAAAUGCCAGAGGGCAAAGGAAUGACACUCUGGCUUGGUUUUGGUCACUUGAUGUUCAAGGGGAUUCUACCAGCAGUGAUUGGAUGAAUGAAUGGUUCACUGGCUUCGAGUGA